GCCGCCACCAUGUCAAAGAUUUUUUUCUGCAAAAUUUCUAAUUUGUCUCCGAAUUUUGACGAAUUAUAGCAAGAAUCAGCAACGUAAACAUGUCAAAAUUGCUCAGUGUAAGCACGAAGGCCCAGCAGUAUGGAGGGAAGGUAGCUGGUGGAGCUGCCGCCGCCAUUGUCGUGAGUUUUGCAGUGAGAAAGCUGUAUCAAAGGCUGUCAAAGUCCAAGGAGUCAAAGUCCAAAACAAAGCAUUUGUCACGAAAUGCAUCGGAGAAUGGAGAAUUGGUACUUUCGCCCACCCAUGGAAUGCCAGAGGAUGCUUCGAAAGAGAAAUCAACCUCACACGCUGUUAAUAUGGCAUUUUUGGGUCAGUUGAGGGAAUUGGUGAAAAUUAUGAUUCCCGGAAUCUGGACAAAGGAAUUUGGGAUUUUGGUUCUUCACACCAUGUCGCUAGUCACGAGAACAUUUCUGUCUAUUUUUGUUGCUAAACUAGACGGCAAAAUUGUACGUGCAAUUGUCCAAAGGAAUGUCACAAAAUUUGUAUGGCAGUUGUCGAAAUGGCUGUUGAUUGCUGUUCCUGCAACAUUCGUGAACAGCUUGAUUCGAUUCCUGGAAAGCCAACUUUCCCUGGCGUUGCGAAGCAAACUUGUGAAACAAGCCUACAAAUCUUACUUUGACAGUCAGACAUAUUACAGAGUUGAUAACCUGGAUGGUCGGAUCUCAAAUGUAGACCAGUGCUUAACCGAGGACAUCACUUGUUUCACGUCUUCGUUGGCACAUCUAUAUUCUCAUCUGACAAAGCCGUUGCUCGAUGUUGCUCUCAUGGCAUUCACGUUAUACCAGCUUGCCAGCAGCAGAGGCGCCAGUUCAAAGGUGCCAACGAUAAUGGGAACCGUCGUCAUCAUCUUAACUGCCCAUCUAUUGCGAGCCGUGUCUCCACGAUUUGGGAACCUAGUUGCAGAGGAAGCACAUUACAAGGGUUACCUUCGAUAUGUACAUUCAAGAAUAAUUGCUAAUGCUGAAGAAAUAGCUUUUUAUGGAGGCCACAAGGUUGAGAUGAACCUCUUACAGAGGAGUUACCGAGCCCUGGCAGACCAGAUGGACCUGAUCUUCAAGAAGAGACUCUGGUACAUCAUGUUGGAGCAGUUUCUGAUGAAAUAUGUGUGGAGUACAUCAGGAAUGAUCAUGGUAGCAGUGCCAAUACUCACUACAAAAGGGAAGAGGUCAGAUGGUACAUUUAUUGAUGAUGACCCUGAUGGUGGUGUCAGUGAGAGAACCCAGUCAUUCACAACUGCCAGGAACCUGCUAGUCUCCACUGCUGAUGCUAUUGAGAGGAUGAUGUCUUCAUACAAAGAAGUGACAGAACUUGCUGGUUAUACGUCUCGUGUAGCAGAUAUGUUCAAUGUCUUCAGAGAUGUCAAGGCUGGGAUAUACGUGAGGAAGUCGGUCACAAGCACUAAAAGGACUUUAAAGGGGAGUGGAAGGAUAGAAGGAGAGCUAGUCAUGAGGGGUAAGGUUGUGGAUACCCAAGACACUAUUAUCUGUGAAGACGUACCUGUGAUAACUCCCAAUGGAGAUGUAGUGGUGGAUAGCCUUUCGUUUAAGGUUACUGAAGGAAUGCACUUGCUAAUUACUGGUCCUAAUGGGUGUGGUAAGAGCUCCCUCUUCCGUAUACUCAGUGGAUUGUGGGUCGUCUAUCGUGGCACACUCCAUAAACCAAGGCCAGAAAACAUGUUUUAUAUACCACAGAGGCCAUACAUGUCGAUUGGCACUCUGCGAGACCAGGUGAUAUAUCCAGAUACCGUGGAUGAGAUGAGAGAGAAGGGUUUCUCUAAUGCUGACUUGGAGAAUAUUCUUGGUAUCGUGAACUUGCAGUACAUCAUACACAGAGAAGGAGGGUGGGACGCUGUCAGUGACUGGAAGGAUGUUUUAUCCGGUGGUGAGAAGCAAAGAAUGGGCAUGGCUAGGAUCUUCUACCACAAGCCCAAAUUUGCCCUCCUGGACGAGUGUACUAGUGCUGUGUCGAUUGACGUGGAAAGUAAGAUGUACCAGAAGGUGAAGGAUGAGGGGAUUAUACUGUUGACAAUCACUCACAGACCAUCUUUGUGGAAAUUCCACAGUCAUCUUCUACAGUUUGACGGCGAGGGUGGAUGGCGAUUAGAGGAGUUGGACACUGCCGCUAGGGUUUCACUCAACGAGGAGAAACAGCGCUUGGAGACGCAGCUCGCCGGCGUACCGAAGAUGCAACACCGUCUCAAGGAACUCUGCAACAUUCUCGGCGAUGAUUCGGUGCUCUUGAACAAGGAGGGGAAACUUCUAGAUGAAGAUGAGGUAGAUGUAGAAGUCGAAGUGGAAGACUUGGAGAAGGAUGACUAAGAAACCGUUCAUUUGAACUGGUCUGAUCUCAUUUUACUUAAGUAAACAACAGAAGGUGUACUUCUCAAACGUGGCGAAUGAGAACUCCUUCACCUUGAAAGUCAAAGACUUUUGGCAAGUUUCUCAGUGUUGAUUAGCUGACUGAGUGUGUAGUGUAGGUGUAAUAGUUUCCAGGUGUGUGUUAUCAGCGGGUAAUGUGAUUAUAAUAUAUCAGAAUACUGAUUUCCAGGGCAGUCUUUGAAUUGAAGUGUUUCACGGUGUAAGACUGAUUGUGAACACUUAAAGGUAGAAUCGUCCUGUAUAUUUAUUUCUGCCGAACAAGAAGUCAAUAUAAAAUGUACAUAUUUUGUUUACAUAUAUACGAUUUGAUCUGGGGAAAGCAAUAUUUGGAUUGUGUCUGUGAUUACACAAUGUUCAUAAAGGAGUUCCAUACUGUAAAACCACCAAAUUUCAUGAGGCUUUUUGUUUUCAUCAAAAUAAAAAUCAUGAAAUUUUUAAUUUUUUAAAAGAAAUUUUUGCAUAAAGAGGUCAUUCCUAUAUAGAUAGUGACUGAAGGGUGAAAAAUAUUAGCACUGUCAUUAUAAAUCAUUCACAGAAAUUCAUGGAAGUCUGGCUUUAUUUUACUUGGAUGUGCUGUGCACAAUGGCCAUAUGUACCUUUAUAGUUUAUUUUUUGAUGUGGAUCACUAUCGUGAAAAGAAUGCAAAUAUGCCAGCAGUAAAACUGUAAAAGCAUAUUUCUGAACUCACAUGAACUGGAUACAUUAGCAGAAUGGACAGUUCUUCGAAGUCCCAAUUCCAGUUUCCAACUCUGUUUUGGGAUCAGUAAUGCGUGUGACAGAUUUUUGAUGUAACGUCAACGAACAAAAAUUACUGGUCAAGUAUCAUACACAUGUACAUGAAAGUUUUACUCUGAUAUGUACCGAUACAUUUUGUAUUUAUUUUAUCAUGUUCUUACAUAGAAUGGAACAAGAACUAGUCCCACCAGUUAUAUUCAAUUCAUUGCCAUUGAAGUUUGUUAGAGUAGUUUUCUGGUAUUGGGUCUGGAUGGAAUUCUUUCUUUAGUCAAAACUGCUUUAUUCAAUAUAAGUUAUGUGAUAAUUGUAGAUUGUGAAAAAAUUGUUGUAAUACAGCAAAGCAAGAGCUCCAACAAUAAAAAUUUUACAACACAUC